AGGGUUCUCAGUGGUAUACCAGACCUUUUUUUUCUCCAGUGUUUAUCCCAAAAUGUAUCGCAUUCUUCACCGUGCUUUUUGCACUGCCGCAGAACCAGCAACAGUGAGCAUCAAGUCUAUUUCGGAGGAUUUAUACAAAGAAGUAAAGUUAAAGAGGUUGGUAGAGAAGUUCAAGAAAGCUUCUGACAUUGACCGGUUCCGGAAAAAAACUGGCAUUUACGAGGAGACAGUGCGGCGUCUCGCCGGUGCCAAGCGCUUUCGGUGGGUUCGCGACAUCCUCGAACACCAAAAACAGUAUUCCGACAUUUCCAACGAGGGUUUCUCUGCACGCCUAAUAUCCCUUUAUGGCAAAUCUGGCAUGGCCAAACACGCGCGCAUAGUGUUCGACGAAAUGCCCCAGCGAAACUGCGAACGCACUGUGCUCUCUCUCAAUGCCCUCUUGGCCGCAUACCUCCACUCCAAGAAGUUCGACGUGGUUGAUGAGCUUUUCAGGACCCUCCCCACUCAGCUCUCAAUCGAGCCUGAUUUGGUGUCGUAUAACACUCUCAUUAAGGCCUUUUGUGAAAAGGGUUCCUUUGAUUCAGCACUCUCAAUUUUUAAGGAGAUGGAGGAGAAGGGGGUGAAUCCUGAUUCCAUCACGUUUAACACUUUGCUUGAUGGGUUGUAUUCAAAGGGUAAUUUUGAGGAGGCUGAAAAAGUAUGGGGGCAAAUGGGAGCAAAAAAUGUUGCUCCUGACGUGAGGAGUUAUUGUUCCAGGUUGUACGGGUUGGCCAGGGAGAAGAAAGCGGGUGAAGCUGUUGAGCUUUUUAGAGAAAUGGAGAAAAAAGGAGUGAAGCCGGACCUCUUUUGCAUCAAUGCCAUCAUCAGAGCUUUUGUAAAUGAGGAUAAUUUGGAUGAGGUCAAGAGCUGGUAUGGUGAGAUUGUAAACUCUGAUUUUGAUCCUAAUAAAAAGACUUAUUCUAUCCUUGUUCCCUUCCUGUGUGAGAAGGGUGAUUUGAAAACUGCAAUUGAGUUAUGCAAGGAGAUUUUUAACAAACGGUUCCUUGUUGACGUGUCCUUGCUGCAACUUGUGGUGGAUAAACUGGUGAACGAAGGCAUGAUUUCAGAGGCGAAGGAGAUUGUGGAGACAGGGAAAACCAAUAGGUACUGUCGCUAUAAGCUAAAUUUAACUGAGUCAGAGUAGAGUUAUGUUAGUUCUUAGUUGCAGUUUAUUAUUGUUCUUGCAAUUUGAUUGGUUUUGUUAUGAUGGUGAUUGAGAAAUUGCCCAUAAUGGCUUUUGUUUAGUAACUGGCAUUAUGAGCCUAGUAACCGGUUUCUUCAAAGUAGCUUGCGUUCUCUGAUUGCACUUGUUCUGCAUUCUAGUUAAAGAUAUUAGCCCUUAAACUCUCCUCGCGCAUGAAAUUUGCCUAAGUGAAUUUACAUUUAGCAAUUUAAAUAUGGAAUGCAUACCUGCAUUAUGUGGAUA